AUGCUACCAGUGAUACCUAAGGUCGCAAGCGUCGGAUCGCAAAGCGCAAGCGUGCUGUCGAAAGGUCAGCUCGAUUUCUACAACGAGAACGGGUUCCUGGUGAUCAAAGAUCUGAUCGACUUCGCUUCGUUGUACAAUCUGAAGAAACGUUUCGUCCACAUCGCAAAGGGAAUUGAGGAUGCGGGGAAUAUCAUCAUAGUAAAGGAUCCGACUCUGAUCGCGAAAGGUGCUUCCGCCGAGGACUCUAUAAAUAAGAUCCAAGAUAUACACUUCGACAACGUGUUCAGCACUUACUCGGAAGACCAGGGGCUUUUGGACGUGGUGUCCCAACUGAUCGGCCAGGAUGUAGUGGUGGUGCAUUCGAUGCUGAUCAACAAACCGCCAGGCACCAAUAGACAUCCACCACAUCAGGAUCUCUACUAUUUCCCGUUCCGGCCCGCUGACAAGAUCGUCGCCGCGUGGACCGCCAUAGACCACGUCAACCAGGAAAACGGAUGUCUGUACGUCGUUCCCAAAUCUCACAAGCUCGUGAAUCUGAUCGCUCAUCAAGUGCCGGCGGACACGAACAAGCUGUACCACGGUAUAGUGGACGAGUCGAUGGCUCCCGACCACCGGCGGGUGCACCUGCCAAUGGCGCCAGGGGACACCGUUUUCUUCCACCCGCUUCUGAUCCACGGCUCCGGGCCCAACGUCUCGAAGGGGUACCGCAAGGCGAUAACCUGCCACUUUGCUAACGGAUCCUGCCACUAUAUAGAUAUAGAGGGCACGAUUCAGGAGUCGGUCGCUCGCGCAGUAGAAGAACAAGCCAACCGCAGGAAAAUACGGCUCUCGUAUGUGGACAUGUGGCGUUUCAAGAACAAACUGGUAAGGGGCGUUAAGUCGAGCCUG